ACUACUCCUAGACCUAGGUUAACAAGUUUGCAAAGUGAAGGUAGUUUAGCUCCUUCUGCUUGGGGAAUACGACCCCCUUCACCCAGUUACUCUACCACCACGACAGGUUCAAGAGUCAACAUGCCAGCUGCUCAUUCCCUCAUCACACGUAAAGAUCUCCGACAAUCUAUAUCAUGUUUCGAAGACCUUAUGGCAGCUGCUAAAGCUUAUCGAAACGCUCUAUUAGCCAUGUCACAUGCCACAGCAGCUUUCGCCUCUGCCAUGGAAGCUUGUUCCAGACUAAAAGGUUGUAGAAAUGCUAAUUCGGGACUUGCCGGAGCUUCAGGUUUACAAUAUCUUACUGGGAAUCAUGAACAAAUACUUGCAGAUACUGUCUAUCGACAAUUUGAAAUACCCCUUUUGGAAGCUUUGGAUCAUUACAAACUCAUCACUGCCGAUCGAUUGGCUUCGUAUGAGAAGGCUUUACAUGAACAAUCAACAAAAAUACGGAAGACGGAGGCGGAGAAUUUAAAAGUUGGUAGAAGACGGAAGAGAGAUUUACAAAGUUUUCGAUUGGCUUUGGCGGAGUUACAAAGCCAGGUGGAUGAGUUGGAUGCACUCAAGGCGGGGUAUCAUGAGGAGGUUUUGGAGGGCGAGGAUGAGAUUUGGGAUACAGUCUUGCACAAAGUAGCAUUCGUGGUCCGGAGUCAACUCGACUUUUACGAUAAAUUAUCGGGCAAAGCUAGUGAUCCUAUAUUAGAACCUCUGGUCAUGUCCAUACCCGAUCCAUUCGAUACGUACGGUCCACCUAAAGAAGAUGGUCAGAUCUUUAGCGUUCUAGCUCCACUUGGACUCUUGGAUUCUAGCGUACCCCAAUCCCCCAAUCCCAAUCUCACUAGAACAUUGCCUUCUUCCGGUACUUCUACACCAGGAAAGACCUCGCCACCUAAAAAUGUCCCAUUCCCUUCCGCCGUCAUGUCACCUUCA